CACAUGAUGGGGGACGGCGCUGCUGGAGCGGCCGUCUUUUUCCUGUUGUUACCACACGUCACUGCCAGCUCUCCCCGUAGACAGGCUGGUCACAGCGCCACCCAGCUGCCUCCAGCACACGCCCCCCGCCCUCUCGUCCCCUCCUCCCCGCCGUCCUGUGGGUGCAGCAGCCGGGUGAAGCAUGGCGGCGGUGGAGAGCAGAGUGUGUGAGACAGAGGACUGCACCAGCGCAGCCAAACUGCAGUGCCCGACCUGCAUCAAGCUGGGCAUCCAGGGCUCGUACUUCUGCUCGCAGGAAUGUUUCAGGGGAAGCUGGGCAACACAUAAGUUACUUCACAAAAAAGCAAAAGAUGAUAAAGGUAAACAUGAGGUUUCCCCAUGGACUAUGGAUGGAGAAAUUAACACAGAUCCUUGGCCGGGCUAUCGGUAUACUGGGAAACUCAGGCCACACUAUCCAUUGAUGCCGAUGAGAUCAGUACCACACUAUAUACAAAGGCCAGACUAUGCUGAUCACCCUUUAGGAAUGUCAGAAUCUGAACAAUCCUUGAAAGGAACUUCCCAAAUUAAAGUGAUUUCUCCAGAAGAAAUAGAAGAAAUGCGUAUAGUAUGUAAGUUAGCUAGGGAAGUAUUAGGAGUGGCUGCUAUGAUGGUGAGAGCUGGAGUCACUACAGAGGAGAUAGACCAUGCUGUCCAUUUGGCAUGUAUUUCAAGAAAUUGCUAUCCGUCUCCACUGAAUUAUUACAAUUUCCCAAAGUCCUCCUGCACAUCUGUGAAUGAAGUGAUCUGCCACGGGAUUCCGGACAGGAGGCCUUUGCAGGAUGGAGAUAUUGUGAAUGUGGACAUUACUGUAUAUUACAAUGGUUACCAUGGAGAUCUCAAUGAGACAUUUUACAUUGGAGAAGUUGAUGAGGGAGCGAAAAGGCUUGUUCAGACAACCUAUGAGUGCCUAAUGCAAGCUAUAGAUGAAGUGAAGCCUGGAGUCCGGUACAGGGAACUGGGGAAUAUUAUUCAGAAACAUGCUCAAGCUAAUGGAUUCUCAGUUGUUCGAAGCUACUGUGGUCAUGGCAUUCACAAGUUGUUCCAUACUGCUCCCAAUGUGCCACACUACGCCAAAAACAAGGCUGUGGGAGUGAUGAAGCCAGGACAUGUGUUUACAAUUGAACCGAUGAUCUGUGAAGGUGGAUGGCAAGAUGAGACCUGGCCGGAUGGUUGGACUGCAGUGACCAGGGAUGGAAGACGUUCAGCACAAUUUGAGCAUACCCUUUUAGUCACAGAGACCGGAUGUGACAUACUUACACGAAGAUUAGAAGACAAUGGACGCCCUCAUUUUAUGUUUUAGCAAGCCCUAUUGUCUUAACUAAUUCAAAUUAAUGGGUGGUCAGCUACUUGGCACCAUGAUUUUUUACAUAAAAUAUUACCUGAAGGAAAUAUGGGAUUUUAUUACAAAUGCAUAUCCUGAAGGGAAGAUAGAGCAAAACACAAUGCAGAAUUAGUAUGUUAAAAAUUAUCUAAAAGUAGAAGAAAGCCAAUCUUAUUUAUUUAUGUUUUUGUUUAUGCUUUCUUUUUUUUUUUUUAUUUCCUGCCCUCCUAUGUUUUGAAUUUCUGUUUCUUGCCUUCAUUUUCUUUACUCAGACAGAAACACGUGUUGCCUCCACAGUAACUCUUUACUGAAUGUGGUCGUAUUUUACAGUUUGGGGUGUGGAUAUAUAUUUUCCUUCAGUAUGUACUACUAAUGCAUUUGUGUCGAUGAUUGAAUGAUGGCCUGCUUCUUAAUCCUGGCUGUCUUUAUGCUGCUGCAGACAUUUAAUGGCAAAUACGUGUGUCUGCCCAUGGAGUCUGAUGUGUAGUUUUCUGGUUUUUAUCUAGUAAUAUUAACUGCUUCACACUUCAUGGUGCUUUACUUGUGUGGGUUCAGUUCUUCUGGCAUCCAAGCCCAUGGUAGCAAAAACUGUUAUCUAUGUCCUGCAGUUUUUGGGCUGAUUUUUCUCAUCCCUUUUGUUGGUGCCUUCAAACAUUAAAAGUUGAAGUGUUUAUAACUAGUCCUUUGUAGUAGGUAUCUGCAAAGUGAGUCUCUGAAAUGACUGUUGCUCCGAAUUUUGUCCCAAUCCCAUUCUACUUGCUGCCAAUAAGAUUACUCAAAAGUGUGAUACUAAAUUCACUUUUAGUAAAUUGUAACAAAUUAAGAAAUACAUAUUUUAGCCAUCUUUGUUUCCUCCAAAUAAGGUGAAUCGGCUAUAUUAAAAGAUAAAGAAUGCAUAAUGAACUUUUAGUAAAAGGAGCAUGAAGCAACCCAAAAACACUGCUGUGCUACAGUUUCCAUUUACAGCCGGUACGAGCAAAGCAUGUGUAGGAAUCAUGGAAACCAUUACGUCCCAGCAUCAUGUGCACCGUAAACGCAUGCCUUUGCCACACAGUGACUAACUGGCCCAAAUAGUCAGAUUUUUUUUUUCAAAUUAUUAUUUAGAAAUACCUGAUGAAUGUUUGCCAAAUCUGUGCUGUAUGAUAAUGAUCCUAAAGUACUUCAGUCUUAUUCAUAGGAUUUUGUUUAAAUACUUUAAAUUGCAUCUGCCAGAGAGUUCUGUUUAAAAAUGUUUUUUUUUUUUUUUUUUAUAUUGCCUAUGUCAGUAUUUCCCACUAACAUUUCCGCUCCACUUAGCUUUGCUCAUCUUCCAUCUUUAUUUUUUUUUUAUUGUAGUAGAGGUGCCCUGUCAUUACUGGGUUUGCAGAGAACUUGAUAAUCAUGGAAUACGUUGGCUCUGAAUUUUAUGACCAGUCCUAGUAAAUGCUGGAAUUCUUAUUGCUCAUUUAAAAUAAGCUCAAAAUUAAAAGCCUGUUUGCUCAAAACACACACCAAUUGAGAAAGUUCUGUCUGCCCAAAGUUUUCGAUAUGCUUUUCAACCAAAUAUAUUUGUUAAAUUAAAAUGUCUUGAUAAACGUGCUGAUUGGAGAGAAUCUGAUUUUGUUUUUCUGUAGGAUAUACUUUCAUAUAUCUCAUUUUAAAGGUGUGUUGUCCACUUUUGAACAACUGUGCCUUAAUUAAGCUGCUCACAUAUAAAAAAUGUCUCUCCCAGAAGUUGCCUCUGAAGUCUGAGAGCUUAAACACUUCAAAUUGUGUUUGUGUGCAAUACAAGCUAUGCACAAGGAUUCCAUGGAUCUUUGGUGAAACUGUAUGAACAUACGGAGUCCUCCAAUAUGCGGAAGCUAGCUCUCAGAUAUAUGUCAUGGUAGAAAAAGGAGGAGACUGUAUUAAGGAGUUGACCAAAGUGGGUAAAACCUUUUUUUUGUGGACAUUGGUCUCUCGACGUGUACUUUCAUACAAUAAAUCAUACAUAUGAUGUAGAAAGUCUUUGCCAUCUUACUAAUUAUAAUUAAGAUGUACGUUUAUGUUGGCUUUAGAAUAGCUUUGCCUCUUGCAUGUCAGAGUACAUGUGUAGCAUUGUAUUCUUAACAUCAUGUUUGUUGUACAAGCUUACCAAAGUGACAGCCCAUAUCUGUUCAACAGACAUUUUCUGCAGACUUUUGUUUUUGAGAACGCAUUCAUCUAUAGUGUAUGAUGUAAAGAAUUUGUAUUGUAUCCAGGCUGUGAUCGGUACGAUUCAUGCCCAGUUAACAGCUUGCCCAACUAUAUGCACAUCUUCCAAAUUUUUGGGGAAGAUAUGCAUAUAGGUUGAGCAUGUUAGUCAAUUGGCGUGCUCCAGUACUUAAAGUAAAUGUGCAUUGCUAAUCCAGCUUUGCUCCAUAAUAUUUGUGAGGCGAAUGGUCCGACUUUUAUAGCAAAAUUAUAUUGUCUGUUUAAUAACUACACAUAAACCAGUGUUUUUUGGCUCCAACUUUACAGUAAGUACAAGCUGUAACAUAUCUUGCAGCACUCCCAACCUAAUACCAAAACAAAUAUAAAAAAGCACCAACCUGCUAUCAGAGCAAAAAAUUGUUAAUCUUGCAAUACAAAUUGUAACCACUAGAUAGCACUAGUGUAAAUAUAACACACCAAUUGAAACUUUAUGAAAAACAAGAGUCUUAUUCCGGGAGGUAAAUCAGGGAAUAAGUAAUUGCUGCAGGAUUGCAUAUGAAAUAACUGUUUAAUGCUAUCACCAUGAGUGUGUAAUAAAUGCUGUCACCAUAAGUGUAUGUAUAUGUCAUAGUUAUGAUAUUAACGCUACAUAUAAAGUGAUACAUGCUUAAACGGUAUCUCAUAUAAUUUAAUAUUUUGUGUCAAUGAAGAGGGAUUUAAUGUUUAUUUUAAAUGUACCAUCCACGAUCGCUCUUUCUGUCCAGGCACUGCAUCUUCAUUUAUUACAGUAGUAUCAGACAGACAAAGUUAAGAGGGUCCUGUUUACAAGCUCAAAAUCUAUAAAUACAGAAGCUUGUAUUGCUGCUAGACAUAAACUGCUGGGCAAUAAGAUCUUAGGUGCACUGUACAUUAUACCCACUUAUGCACAGUAAACAGUAGGGUCAAUGUGUGACUGGUCACGUUAACAGUUUAACGUGACUUAAACUUUUAACUUUAAAGUUCACAAUUUGUUCAACUCCAUGAAAAGAUGCUAUCUUUAAUUUACAGAUUUCUAGUUCUUUAUGUAAAUGUAGGCAGUUGAGAGUACUAGAAAACUGUUUCUACCCAACUUCUUAUUUGAGAUCAGAUAAGAGAAAGCUUGACUUAAAUUUUAGAGUAAAACAUGUCAACCUGUAAACAGACUGGAUGUAGUAAUAUUUGAACAAAGACCACCACUAAAUUGUUUCUCAUAUCUGGAUAUAUGUAAGGAGUUAAAGUAAACCAGUCAGUGUCAGGGGCUCUUUGUGGUAGCUGUCAUUUUUCAGAAAAAGUUCCAUAUGUACCAAUCGGGCACUGUAAGGCUGAUCAGAUCAGCUAAUGAAUCAAUGACAUGUAUCUGAAUGCAUUUAACUUGUCUGUUCUUAAUGUAUUAAAUUUGCAUUGAUUCUCCUGCUGUCCGACUGCUUCUGUCUAAAUUGUUGCCAGUGAGUACUUGGUAAUGUAUGAAAUGUGGUCAGCCUCCAGCCAUGCAGUCAGCCGUACCCAUUUGAUGAACGUAUGCUUUCCAUGUACUUUGACUAGUGCUGAGCUUUGAUGGUGAUUUCUUGGUGGCAACAAAUCAUAAAUCAUUCUAUAACCGCA